GCCGGCUGUAAGUGACGCACACUCUGUGGUUGUGUUGUUGGAGUACUGGCUCUCACCUAAAUUCUGCUCUACGGUAGUUGAUAUUCCAAGACGUUGGAAAUUCAGUUUGACCAAACUACUAUCCAAAUUAUUUUGGAAUAUUCCUUUGCACAACUGCUUUACCACUUACGAUGGUGCACUCAACCUUGACUCGAUCCUCAGACGAGGUGCCGUUCUUGUCGACAGAUGAAGAGAAAGAUCUUUUCUCGGCAUCCAGACAGGCAUCAUGGCGAGUAAAAUGGGCUCACUUAUUGCCUUAUUCUGGGUUUCUAAACCUAGUGCUUUUGGUUAUGCUACUAGGUACAUGGACGCACCAGACACAGAGUGCAUCGAAAGCAUACAUUCCAAAUGAAGUCUAUUCACCGGCACAAGAAGCAGUAGAGUACCAGACAGUUGUUUUCAGUGGUGGUCUGCGCGAGGACAAGUCCAAGUUUGUAGGAUCUGGUUCGUCUGUUGACAAAGAAUGGGAUGUUCUCUACAAUGAUGUCUUAAUUUCGCAGAUUGACGCCAAAUCUGCCGCGAAGCUGCCCAACGCAACAUCACCCUUCACUCACGACCCAAGCCAUUACAUUGUCGAGCUCGACGUCUUCCACCAGCUACACUGUGUCAACAUGCUGCGGAAGCUAGUCUAUCCGAAUGUCUAUCCAAUGGAUCUUACAUCUGGUUCUGAAAAGGCUGAAGAUAACAUCUUCCACAUGGAGCACUGCUACGAGCAGCUGCGUCAGUCCAUCCAGUGCUCGUCAGACAUUGCCACUAUUUACUGGCAGUGGAGCGAGAAGAAGCAUAAAAUGCUCGGCAGUGUAAGGACGACGCAUACAUGCAAGAAUUUCGAGAAAAUCCGUGAUUGGGCUGUUGCACACAAGGCACAGACAGACUUGGACUUUGACGUGCAUGUCCACGGAGCAGCGUUACAUCCAUAG